UAUUGCUCAACAGUCUUUUUAGAUCGCCAUGAAGAAGUAUGGAGAGCCAAGACAGCCAGGACGAGGACCUGCGCGCCUUGGAGGAGCUUCCCUGGUCCGCUGCUGGCCGUUCCCGCGGGCGACAGGAGGAUGCCGGAAAAGGAAAGAAGGGCCCUAAGGGCCACGGCAAGAAGGGCCAAGCAAAGGGCAAAGGCAAGACGGGGAAGGCUGGUGCUUGGGCGAAGGAUUUGGAGGACGAGCAUGUUCGCAGCAUCGUCCAGGACCUGCCUGCGGAAGCCGCCGGGCGGCGGAGGCGGCAGCAAAGCGACCUGCUGAUGUCAGAGGCAGCUGCAGGGCGAGCUUUCCUCCAGGCCUUGGAGGAAUCUUUGCUGAAACAUGCAGAGAUGGAAAGACGACGGGGGGAACUGGUGGACAGGGCUCAACGAAGGCAUGAGAGGCUGUCGCUCCUGGCAGAAGAGGCGAGGGUGAUGCUGAUGGAACUGAGACAGCCAGUUCUGCUUGCAACACCACGAAUCUCCUCACCUCAGAGAAGGGUCUCUGCCUCGCAGGGCCAAGGCCAAGGUGCGGGCGGCCUUCUGGAACUUGCAGGCUUUCCGGUGCUGGGUCCGAUGGACCCACCCGACUGGCCCAGCCCGGCGCGCUCGUCCUCGCCGGUGCGACGCUCCGCGAUGAUCGAUGAGGGGAGCUCGGAAUCCCGCUCCUUGUCUCCGCCUCCUGCGGCCUCGGCACUGUCGUUUUGGUCCACCUGCUUUCGUGAGGGACUACGGCGCGUGUGCCAGCGCCAGGCUUCACCCGACGUGUCUGGUGGGUUGCCAGAGCAUGCCUUUGAGGAGAUGUUCUCUACACAACUGACAAGUCAACGCUUGGUGCAUGGUCGACAUCGAGCAGUGUCCUUUGUGGCAUACUACCCGGAGGUCUUCCGAGACUUGCGCCAGCAGGCCUGGGGUGUCUCUGAAGACGCCUUCAUGCAGUCGAUGUGUGAUGGCCCCCUUUCAGGUGGACAGCAGGGAGAGGGAAAGAGCGGCAUGCUGUUCUUUGUAAGUUGGGACAAGAAGUACUUGGCCAAAACGGUGAUGCAGAAGGAGGUGACCUUCUUUGCCGAUCACUUGGCAAACUACCACAGCCACAUGAGAGGCUUUUCAGCUUCCUUCCUGCCCCGGUUCAUGGGCCUCUACUGUCUGCAGUUUCCAAAGGAGCGGGUGCCUCACUACUUGGUGGUUUUUGAGAAUCUCUUCCCGCCAGGAUUGAAGUUUGAAGCAAAGUAUGACCUCAAAGGGGUGCUGGGCUCGCACCGCUAUGUCUCGGCUGCCCAGCGCGCCAGCGGGGUGGAGGUCUUGAAGGACCGCAACUUCCUGGAACGCGCGCCGCUGCGGCCGAGCGAAAAGAAGCUGGUCGUGCAACUGGAGAAGGAUGUCGAUUUCCUGGAGAAGCAUGGGCGCAUUGACUACUCUUUGCUGUCCGGCCGACAUGGAUUGGGUGGUCUCUUCCGGACCGACAUGGAUUGGGGGGUCUCUUAUUUUGGUCGCAGGCCGAUAUUUGUCCACCAAUUUCGUUGGCAAGCUGAACAGCAGCUUGCCAUGAAACAUCCAGAUCACUUCGAGGAUUUGACCAGUUUUUUGGUUGUCCUUUGCCUCUCCCCCUCACACCCAUGAGGCUGUCCUCGCCGAAAACCUCAAGCGUUCUGGGCCCAAGGUGCAUGUGACAUCAGCACUUCGCAAGCCAUGGGCUUGUUUUUUGUCUGGUCCUAAAACCGUGAUGGAGCAAGACUCGGUGGGUGGCACCGGCGGCGGCCUGGCCUGCGUGGGCUGUGGAAGCCGGGAAGAGCUUUUGGUCUUUGAGAAGUUUUCAGGUGCCUUUCAGUCUGCAUGUCGUCAUGCUGCCUGUGAACCUUGCUUGCGGAAUUGGACCCUGAAAGAGCUCCCCAAGUGCCGACAACGCUGGAUGCUGCGAGUCGAGUGCCCCUGCCAGACCUGUGGCCGACAAGUUCCCCAAGCCUUGCCGCUGAAGGUGUCUGCGCAUGCACGAGCCCUCGCCGAUGCCAUCGAUGCCUCGUCCGCCAACAAAGUGGCUGAUCAGCUAGUCGAGUGGCCGGCCUUGCCCAAUGAAGCCUUGGUUUGCCCACGCUGUGGGGAGGAGAAAGACCAAGUUCUUGUAAACACUGCCUGUGGUCAUGGAGCUUGUCGAAACUGCUGGCUAGCAGAUUUGCCGUCGAAGUUGGAAUGGUGCAAGGCCUACGUCGCACUGGAUGUCCCUUGUGGGCAUGAAGGUUGCUCUGAAGGGUGUUUUGAAGUGCUCAAGCAUUUGGACAGCCCAGUGAUCCCGGAGGUAAAGAGCUACGUAGAGCAAGUUCAAUCCGACCUACUUGAAUUCUCCCCUUGGUGCGUGCACGAAGCGAACGCAGGAGCUCCAGGCCCUGUUUGUCCCUCCUGCGAGUGCCGGGUCACCGCGCUCCUGUAUUGCUGCUGCCAAAAACGUGUCGCGUGCAAGCAAUGCUGGGACUCGGAUUUCCAGCAGAAGCUUCACUGGCUCCAAGACAACUUCGCCUUCGUUCCAGAUCAUUUGCAUGAGGCCACAUGCAAAGGUCCUGAUGCAUUGUCCCUCCUCAGCUCUCAACCCACUUCAAGCUUCUUUUGUAUCCAGCGACAUCGUGAAAGCCUUACCGAGGCCUUGAAGCGUGUAGCCCGGUAUGCUGCUCCUCGCGGUACAGUCGGUCCUACCUGCCCAGUUUGCAACGAGGUUUCCCUGGUGCUGCUUCGUGCUAGCCGGGCGGACCCUCACGCGGCCUGCGAGCGAUGUUGGAUGCGCUGGGCGGAGGAACAGCUGGAGGAAUGCUUCGCAGAGAAGAAGCUUCCUCGAUGUUUGUGGCCACAGUGCCAGGUUCCUAUGGCAGGUGAGGUUGACCACUUGGCAAAGGACUGUGUUUGGGAGCUUGUCCAACAAUCCAGCGCGGGGCUUCAAGAACUCCUGGGCAAGUUAAAACGCCGCAAGCGCUUACAAAACAAUCCCCUCUUUCCUGCUGCUCUUCAAGUGGAAUGCCCCCGCUGCGUUGGGAUUGGCUACUUGGGCUUUGACACGGUGAUGUGCUUCUUGUGUGAGUACCAAUGGGAGGAUUCGGGAGAGAAACCCUUGGAGCUCAGCGCUGGCGAGUGCCCCCCCGAGGAGCUUCAAGUGGCGGGUGUGCGGGUUCAACGAUGCCCCAAGUGCCGUGAAUACAUCGAGAAGAAUGGUGGCUGUGAUCAUAUGACCUGCCGAUGUCGUCACCAAUUUUCGUGGAGCACUCUCAAACCCUGGGGCUCAGUGGUUGGAUGAGCACCGAGAAAAACCCAUGGUCAAGAACACCGAGCUUCUUUUUGCCCGGAGCCUUCCGGAGCGGUGUACAGUUGGCUGAUCACCCUGACGAUGCUUGCUACAAGGUGAAUGAUCA